GAUUGGAACCACAGUGAAGUUAUUAUCAUUCAGUCACAAAAUUAGGUUUCUUUAAUUAGCUGACCUGCUGCCCUCUAUGCAACGGUGUUGACUACCCAAAUGCCCGUUUUAACCCUUGGCAGGAGACCCUUAUGCAUAAUAACAAAGAAUAAUCUAUCUCCAACCAAAACUGACCAUCCAUUGCUGCAAGCAAGAAGCUCUUCCCGAAAUUUGGUAAAUGACUUCCACACUAGUAUCAGUUUAUUUUCUGAUACUUUUACAUGUUUGCUUGAUUCCCCUAGCCAUGGGUGUAGAUGAAAACCAAUUCGCGUACAAUGGCUUCAAUGGAGCCAAUAUUAGCCUUGAAGGGGUUGCAAAAAUCCAUUCCAAUGGUCUUUUGCAGCUAACCAAUUUUUCAAAGCAUCAAAUCGGUCGUGCUUUCUACCAGCAUCCUAUAGGAUUCAAUACAUCUUCGUCCACGUUACCCCAGGCUCUAUCAUUUUCCACCCAUUUUGUGUUUGCCAUUGUUCCUGAGAUAACAAAUGUGAGUGGUCAUGGAAUGGCCUUCGCCAUCUCACCAUCUACGGACUUCACCCAAGCCAUAGGAAACCAGUAUUUUGGGCUCCUCAAUUCUUCUAACAAUGGGCUCCCUUCCAACCAUCUGUUGGCAAUUGAGUUCGAUUCCCUUGUAAAUCCUGAAUUCCAUGAUACAAAUGAUAACCAUGUUGGAAUUGAUGUUAACAGCUUAGUAUCAAAUGUAUCUGCAACCGUCACAUAUUACUCCAACAGGAAACGGAUAAACCGGACCUUGGAACUUGUAAGUGGGAGUCCAAUGCAUGUUUGGAUUGAGUAUGAUGGGUUUGAGAAUGUACUCAAUGUAACACUAGCUCCUAUUACAAGUCCCAAACCGGAUCAGUCUCUCCUGUCAACACACAUCAAUCUUUCUUCAAUUCUGUUGGAUUCAAUGUAUGUUGGUUUCUCUGCUGCUACGGGUGCAAUUUCAGGGAACCACUAUAUUCUUGGUUGGAGCUUCAAUAAAAGUGGGAAAGCACAGGGCCUAGAAAUUUCAAAGCUUCCUUCACUUCCUCCACUUCCUCAUCAAAGAAAACCAAUACUGAAACCCGGUCUAGGAAUUACAAUGUCAGUAGCAACAGUGUUCAUUGGGCUGACUAUCGCAAUUGCAGGGACAUUUUACAUGUUGAGGAGGAAGAAUUAUGAAGAAAUACGUGAAGAUUGGGAAAGGGAAUAUGGCCCUCAUAGGUUUUCCUAUAAGGAUCUCUUCAAAGCUACUAGAGGUUUCAUAGAUGAAGAGCUUCUUGGAGCAGGAGGUUUCGGAAAGGUUUAUAGAGGAGUACUUCCCUCUUCGAAGGAACAAGUUGCAGUCAAGAAAGUCUCCCAUGAUUCAAAACAAGGGAUGAAGGAGUUUGUGGCUGAAAUUGCUAGCAUGGGAAGGCUAAGGCACAGGAACUUGGUGCAGCUCCUUGGCUAUAGCCGGCGGAAGGGAGAACUGCUCUUGGUCUAUGAUUAUAUGCCGAAUGGAAGCCUUGACAAGUUCCUAUUUAGCAAUGAAAAGCCAAUCCUCGUCUGGGAACAACGUUAUCGUAUCAUCAGAGGAGUAGCAUCCGCCCUUCUGUAUCUGCACGAAGAAUGGGACCAAGUUGUUCUUCACAGAGACUUGAAGGCUAGUAAUGUUCUAUUGGAUGCUGAUCUAAAUGGAAGGCUUGGGGAUUUCGGUCUUGCUAGAUUAUACGAUCACGGAGCAAACCCCGAAACUACCCAUGUGGUUGGGACAAUUGGGUACCUUGCACCAGAGCUUACUAGAACCGGAAAGGCAACCACAAGCACUGAUGUGUUUUCUUUCGGUGCAUUCAUACUUGAAGUAGCUUGUGGAAGGAGGCCCAUACAGCCACAACGGUCGCCUAAAGAGGUGAUUUUGGUCGAUUGGGUUUUUGAGAAUUGGAAAGAGGGAGCGAUUCUCGAGACAAGUGAUCCUAGAUUGGGAGGAGAUUAUUUGCAGGAGGAAAUGGAGUUUGUUUUGAAACUUGGCCUGCUUUGCUCAAAGUCUAAUGCAGCGACAAGACCUAGCAUGCGGCAAGUGAUGCAGUACUUUGAUGGAGAUGUCCUGUUGCCGGAGAUAAUUCAUGAUAGCACAAGUAUUGGUACAAAAAGUCUAGGUAAUGAAGCAUCUUCUGAGUGUGUCACGUCAUUGCCGUCAUCCAUUGUGAAGUCUUCUGCUCACUCGAUGUUUAGCACAGAGUCAAUAUUCAACAGCGGUCGGUAAAUUUGAAAGUUUUCGGUGCCUUGUAUAUGCUAGAUCUUGUUGUUUUUUUUUGGGAGGAAAGGCAAGGAGUGUUAGGAUGUUAGAAGAGUUGAACCUAGCACUAGAUGAACUUUGAACAAGCAUGAAACCACUUGGGCUAGCUCGCAAGUUAAAAGCUUGAAUGAGUGAGAUUAAAAAGAAGGAUAACUGCUAUUGUGUGAAGAAGACAUAAGUACUUCAAAUUCUGCUUAGGAAGAUAGUGAGUUGGAUAUUACAGAUAUUGGUAUAUACAGAAGCACGUGUAUGUUAAAUUCUACAGCUUCUGUAGCCCACUUUCUUUGAAUUUCAUGUACAGUAUCAUUAGCAAAUAUCGUCUUUUGAUAUACUCGUGUGUGACUGUGUUGCCUAAGUGUGCUCAUGUAGUCUAGUCUAGAUUUAUUGCCUUAGCUAUUAGAAGAUCCUGAAGGAUCACGUUCCUAUCUGUCAUUGUACUAUAAACUGGAUUAUUGAGUUUAA